CCAAUGAAAUGUUUUAGAAAACCCAACAAGGAAUUGCAAACCCUACUAUUAUUGAAGCAGUGUCUGUUUUCAUGUUCCCCGCUUAGGAUUUUGUUUAACGAGUUACUAUUAUCAUGACAUGUGAUUUCGGUUCUAUGAUUUUUUCCCUUGAAUCUUCUUCGCAUUUCAGGGCAUGCAAACAUGGAGGGACAUUGGUACUCCCCAAAUGCAUUGUUUCGCCCCUCAGAUCGCGCCCAUCUGCAUGCCUUAUUUCCUCUAAACAUUCACUAUUCUCUGUCUCAAUAUCAUCGCAUCAUGCUACACUCCCAGCCCAAUCUUACCCACAACAAGAAGAAAAAAGCAGGCAGCUGUUCAACGACGACAUUACAGAAUUUCUACUCAAGGAGUGUGGGGUUUCUGACCGUCAACUGCCAACGAUCAACAGAAAGAUCAAGGUGCCCCUGUCACUACGCAAAUUCCUUCACACAGCCCGACAGGUACUACAAUUCUUCAGAGACUUGGGAUUCACUCCACACCAGGUAAGGACUGUCAUAGGAAAAUACCCUAAUCUCCUUACACUCAAAGUGGAUGGCCUGAAACCCAAAAUUGAUCUUCUCACCACAUUAGGCCUUACUGGAGAAGACCUGGCAAUGGUUAUAACCCGAAUGCCUAGAAUUCUUGGCUCAAGUUUGGAGGAAAACCUUAAUCCUAAAAUUCGAUUACUUGCAAACCUGUUUGGCUCAGAAGCCCAUCUGUCCCAAGCUAUCAAGAGGGCUCCAGAUAUUCUGUUAAUCGAUAGCAAUGUGACUGGUAAUGUGGCAAUGAAGGUGAAGCAGAUGAAAAGCAUUGGUCUCCUGGAAGAUGAAAUCAAAGAUAUGUUAAAGAAGGCUCCGCGCUUACUAUGUUUAACCACAGAAACUCUCGACAAGAAGCUGAAUAAUAUGACGAAUCUCGGUCUCUCUGAUGAGCAGAUCAAGCAGGUUCACUUAUGUAUCUAAACACAGCCUGCCUCUAGAUAUAGCUGCUAGCUUUCCACUAGAUUGAGGUCAAGUUUUGGAACUCAGAAUUUUCCAUCCAGAUCAAAUAUAUGCAGAAGGGGUGUGAGGGCAAAACUUUAUGGAGGGGAUGAAUAGAGAGUACUAUUUGCCAGCAGACAAAUAAAAUGGCUUUGAGAACAUGACUUGAAAAUGAGAGAUUGGGAGACAUCCAAUUCUUUGGCAAGAGAAUACUGAAUUUUUUCAACUAUGAAAUGACAUCCCUUUCUUCUGUUGCACCUGGCCUGCUUUCUGAUGGAAAAAUCUAGAUCAAGCAUCCAGUGUGUUGAGAUGAGAUUGCAAAAGGCAAUGGAACUCGUGUAAUUGAACCUAAUGCUGCCCAUUUUCACAGAAGGAUCCUUGAUGGAUUUGAAAUCUGCCAUACGGAGAGAUCUGGGAAUGGAGAAUGUUUGUAAUCAACUAGAUAUAUUAUCCAGAAUUAUGAUUUUUUUAUUGCCAUAUAAAGUGAUGUAGAUUUUGGUUAUGGAAAAACUUUAUUGAAACUUUGAGAAAAUUCAGCUAGGAAUCCCAAUUGAAAACUUGUAGUAUGCAGUAAAUCGUACCUCAAAGAGUCC